ACCAUUAGACAAACAUCAGAUAGUGGGGGUCUCGAACCGUCGCACAUAACAUGUUCUGACGAAUAAUAUCCCGCCAAGUGGUCUUCCUUCCUCUCCCUCCCUCCCCAGAAGAAUCAUAGAUUCGUACUAAUCCCAUGACCACCAUGAAAAUUUCCAGAACCAACCGUCCGAUUUGAUUCAAAGAAGCUCCAGAAACUCAAAGAGGAAAAACGAAUUUAGCAGUUUAAAGAGAUGGCUCAAGAUCCUUCUCUUGGUGCUGAAUCGCCUCGGCGACGUUUUGGUCUAUUGCGGGAUCAGGUCCAACUGGUUAAAAGAAAGGACUCUGACCGCCACGAAAUUGUCCCAAUCCAAGAUCCACUGUCGUUUGAGAAAGGUUUCUUCAUUGUAAUUCGUGCAAGCCAGUUGCUGGCUCAAAAUAAUGAAGGGAUAAUACUAGUAGGAGUUGCAGGUCCUUCUGGAGCUGGGAAGACUGUGUUCACUGAGAAGGUGCUCAGCUUUAUGCCCAGCAUUGCUGUCAUAACAAUGGACAGCUACAAUGACUCUAGCCGAAUUAUUGAUGGGAACUUUGAUGACCCACGCUUGACAGAUUAUGAUACAUUGCUUGAGAAUAUACGUGAUUUAAAAGCAGGGAAACCUGCUCAGGUCCCAAUAUAUGAUUUCAAGACUAGCUCUCGCAUAGGUUACAGGACAGUUGAAGUCCCUAGCUCUCGCAUUGUGAUUAUUGAAGGCAUCUUCGCCUUAAGUGAAAGGUUGAGACCUAUGCUAGAUCUCCGUGUCUCUGUUACUGGUGGAGUUCAUUUUGACCUUGUCAAACGAGUUUUACGAGACAUUCAACGUGCUGGCCAAGAGCCUGAAGCAAUCAUUCAUCAAAUCUCUGAAACGGUAUAUCCCAUGUACAAAGCUUUUAUUGAGCCAGAUCUCCAAACUGCACAUAUAAGAAUCAUCAAUAAGUUUAAUCCUUUCAGUGGGUUUCAGAACCCUACUUACAUACUGAAGUCAACAAGGGCAGUGACAGUGGAUCAAAUCAAGGCUAUUUUUCCUGAAGAACCUAAAGAAACUAGAGAGGAAACAUAUGACAUAUUUCUGUUACCACCAGGUGAAGAUCCUGAAGCAUGUCAAUCAUAUCUGAGGAUGAGGAACAGGGAUGGCAAGUACAAUCUUAUGUUCGAGGAAUGGGUUACGGAUACUCCAUUUAUUAUAUCACCUAGAAUCACUUUUGAAGUUAGUGUUCGCCUUCUUGGGGGGCUCAUGGCCUUGGGGUAUACAAUUGCUACUAUCCUGAAACGGAGCAGCCAUGUCUUCUCUGAUGAAAGGGUGUGCGUGAAAAUUGAUUGGCUAGAACAACUUAAUCGGAAAUAUGUUCAGGUGCAGGGAAGAGAUCGUUUACAUGUUAGAGAUCUUGCAGAGCAGCUGGGUUUGGACGGUUCAUACGUGCCUCGAACAUACAUAGAACAAAUUCAGCUGGAAAAGCUUGUUAAUGAUGUUAUGGCACUGCCAGAUGAUUUGAAGACAAAACUCAGCAUAGAUGAUGAUUUGGUUUCGAGCCCUAAAGAAGCCCUUUCUCGAGCUUCUGCAGAUAGGAGAAUGAAGUAUCUCAAUCGAGGUAUAUCACACUCGUACUCAAAUCAACGGGACAAGAAGAACCUGCCCAAGCUGACAAAGCUCACUGUUAACAAUAGAAGGUUUGAUGGGAGAACCCUAGAAUCACCUGCGGCACUCACAAAUCAAGGAGUCAUUACUCAGCUCUCAGAACAAAUUUCUACACUGAACGAGAGAAUGGACGAGUUUACAUCGCGUAUUGAAGAGUUUAAUUCAAAGAUCUCUUUAAGGAAAGUUUCAGCUAGUCAGCAAAACUUUGCUCUGCAGGCUGAAGCAUGCAAUGGCUCAGGACCCACUUCUCUUUUUGCGACUGGAUUGGGGAAUGGUUCAUUGACGGGGUCAUUACUGCCCAAUUCUUCAUCUUCUUCUCAAUUGGCAAGGGAGUCCCCACUAAUGGAAGAGAUACAACAAAUUGCCCGUGGACAACGUCAAAUCAUGCACCAAAUGGACAAUCUAACCAAUCUUCUGCAUGAAUACAGGGGUGAGAGAUCACAACAUGGAAGAGUAGAUCAUACUAACAGAUUGAUUGAUGUUGAUUCCAUCAGCAUCCCUCUUAUUCUAACUUUAGCAAUUGGAGGUUUAGGUAUCGUCUUGUUCAAGGGUUUGGCAUACCAAAAAUAAUUUUUUUGCCAAGCUCCUCACUUUUCAACAUGAAAUAAAUAUUUACAUCAUACCACUUCAGGCUUCUUGCCAACAGAGGGAGAGAUUCGAUAUUAGAUAGUUCCAUCAUCUAUAGUUUUGAGAGUUGUGUUGCAAAUGUUGAGAUAUAUUGGAGGAUGGUCCUGUAAUAUCAUAAAAGUCGGAUAUCUGUAGGCUUUUAAAUAAGGGGCCAUUGAUCUUUUCAGUUCUGUGUACACACUACUGAUGGACUGAAUCUGUUGUAAAUGUUGUAUCCUCUCUGAUAUAUAACAUGGCUGGGAAUUCCCUUCCCAAGAGUA